UAUCGUAAAUACAAGCAAGUGAAUGUAAGAUGAGCAACAAAAGCACACCGGUGCAACAACGCAUCAAUCAAUUCCAAGCACGUGCACGUGGCAGCAUUGGAAGUGGUUCCAAAACGCCUGCCGCAGCUGCUUCAGGAUCGGCACUCGGUUUGCGCCGCAAGUUGCUGAGUCGCACACCAAAAAGGAGCGCUGAAAAACUGCCGCAGACUCACACACGAUCGGAGCAAGUACUAAAUACAGCAUUUAAUAGCGGCAUAGCAACGCCAAAUCCCAAACCAAAGCCAACUGCAUUGAAUGCAUGUUAUACGCCUUCCUCGCUAUAUCGCAAUGUGGGCAAGACGCCAACGCCGCUGCGUCAGCCGCAAACGCCCAGCACACACAGCAAGUCGGCUAGCAAACCAAAGGAAAAGGAUGCUAUGGUUGAGUCCUUUCACAGCAUUGCCGAAGAAAGUAAUAUGAUUGUAGCAGUGCGCGUGCGUCCACUAAAUGCAGCGGAAUGCACGCGCGCCAACGUACACAACGUGGUGCAAGUACAUAGACAUAAUGAGCUGACUGUGCAAGCAGGCAGCAGUGCUGAUGCCUCCGCUGGCGUUUCGCACUACUUUAGCUACGAUCAGGUAUACUACUCCUGCGAUCCCGAUCGCAGGAACUAUGCGGAUCAGCUAGCUGUGUUUGCCGGCACAGCGCAGCCACUAAUCGAUACAGCUUUUGAAGGCUACAAUGCUUGCCUGUUUGCCUAUGGACAGACGGGCUCUGGCAAAUCCUACAGCAUGAUGGGCAUAGAGGGAUUAGAUGAUGCUGCUUUGGAUGGCAGAGCACCACAUGUUGAGGCAGGCAUUAUACCACGCUUCUGCCAUGAGCUGUUCCGUCGUAUUGAUGCAGUCAAGCAGCAACUGCAGGUGGAGGUGGAGGUUAGCUACUUUGAGAUCUACAAUGAGAAAAUACACGAUUUGUUGAGCGUGCAGGCAAUGACCAAUGUGCCGGAGACGCCUGUGCAGCGUCAAGCGCUUAAGGUGCGCGAGCAUCCUAUAUUUGGCCCUUAUGUGGUGGAUCUAAGUGCACAUUCUGUUGAUUCCUACUCGGCGCUACGCAAUUGGCUGGCUGUGGGCAACUCGCAGCGUGCCACAGCCUCGACAGCGAUGAACGACAAGAGCUCACGCUCACAUUCCAUAUUCAACAUUGUGCUGAAUCUUACCGAUCUAAGCAGCGACACUGAAAGCAGCGAUACAGACUCUGGCACUGUCUCCUUGCGCCAAACGCGACGCAGCAAAAUCAGUUUGGUCGACUUGGCCGGCAGUGAACGCAUAAAUGUGUCUGGCUCAAAUGGCGAACGCAUACGUGAAGGAGUUAGCAUUAACAAGAGUCUACUGACGCUGGGGAAAGUAAUUGCAGCCUUGGCCGACUCACGCAAGCCCGUCGGCUCAUCCACGCCGCAUACCUUUGUGCCCUAUCGUGAGAGCGUGCUCACCUGGCUACUUCGCGAAAAUCUGGGUGGCAACUCCAAAACCGUUAUGCUGGCCACCAUUUCACCAGCGAGUCUGCAUGCGGAUGAAACUCUGGCCACGCUGCGUUAUGCGUGCAAGGCGCGCUCCAUUGUGAAUCGUGUAAAGGUGAAUGAAUCACCACAUGACAAGAUUAUACGUGAUCUACGCGCUGAGGUGGAUCGCUUGAAGUCGCUGCGCAAUGAGUACGAGCGGCAGCGUCGCUUGUCCUCCAAUAAUAAUCCGCCAGCGCCACGUAAAAUUAUAAUUGAAACAUCUGUGGAUGACACCGAGGUGGAGGCGCUGCGUCAGCAGCUGGCAGAGCGCGAGCGUGAGCUGAAUCGCGCGCAAAAGUCUUGGAUGGAGCGAUUGAAAGAGGCGGAGGAUUUGCGCAAGUCGGAGCUGCGUUUGCUCAAGCGCAAGGGAUUGGCAAUGGAGCUGACGGCAGAGCAGAAGCAAGCGUGCUUGGUUAAUCUUACGGCGGAUCCUAUGCUAAGCGGCACGCUCUUCUAUUUGCUGCCGCCAGGCAUUGUGCGCAUUGGACGUGGCCGCUUGUCAGGCUCCGCCAAUGCAACUAUGCCUGAUAUAGUGCUGGAUGGACCGCUGGUGGCGCUGCAGCACUGCAGCAUUGAGCACGAGUCCAGCGGCAAGUUGUAUGUUAGUCCUGGCAGCGAGGACUUUGAAACCUACGUCAAUGGCGAGCUGCUGCUGCAGCGGCGUCAGCUCUAUCAUGGCGAUCGUUUGGUUAUUGGCGGCUCGCAUUAUUUUCGCAUAUCGAAUCCGUUUUGCAGUCAACGUGACAAGCAGCAUACACAGCUGGUGGACUUUCAACUGGCGCAUCAGGAGAUCUUGCAGAAACAGGAGCAGAAACUGCGCUCCGAGCUGGAGGAUGAGAAGCGUGCAGCGCUGUCGCUUAUCGAACAGCAGCGUGUGCAGCAUGCGCGUGACUUUGAGGAGCGACUGCAGUGCCUGGAGCUGGAGCAGUUCAAGUUCAAGUGUAACAGCGAAAUGCUGGAAACGGAGCGUCAAGCGCUGGCCCAACAGCAGCAGCCGCAGCAAACGAGCAAUGUCAGCACGCCGGCACACAAGUCCACGCUGCUGGAGGAUAUACAACGCAUUAUGCUGAAUCCCAGCGAGGAAAGUCUGCACAAGACGCAGCUUAUGGUCAAGGAGGCUACACAGCGCUGUCGUCUGCUGGGCUUGAAGCACCUGCAGUUUCGUCAAGCGCAAACUCCAGAUGAGUUUGGACUGCUGCGCAGCGUUAUACUCAUUGUGGACAAGCAACGUGGACUCAAGGCGGAGUGGCCCACUGCUAGACUGGGCGUCUGGCUCGAUCUGCAGCGCGAUGGCGGCAACGCUGCCAACAUAUUCCAAAACGUUGAAAUUGAUUGGCAGCCACUGGAUGCAGAUCUGAAUGAAACGCUCAACGAUUCACACAACUCCAGCCGCAUUGCCUUGAAUCUAAGCGCCAUGAAGGAUUUGCUGCUCAAGCAGCCACUGAAGCGUCUUUUAUCUGGCGGCGGCAGCAAUCAAUCCACGCCCAUUGACUCGCCAGGCAGCAACAAGCUGGCGCAGCAUACCAAGCGCCUGCUGACUUAUGAUCUGGAUGAGCAACCAGCUUUUGCACAGCUUGCCCAGCAGGAGUUGCAGGUGCUGCAGCGCUCCACGCAGCGUUUGCGGCGUCACUGUGACGUUGCCUUGCGUGAGCGUGAAAAUCAACAAGAUGCCGGCGACUUGGCCAGCAAUUUGCAGCAGGCAGUUGCAAGAUUGGAGCAGGUGCUUCACAGCAUGCACAGCUGCCUGGCGCAGUCGGCAGAGGUGUCCGCAGCGGCAGCAACGUCACCAAGUAAAGCACAAAAGGCUGUGCGUUUUCUGAUCGACUAAUCAACGUCAAUAGCUAUAAUUCCUUGACUUUAUAUAUAACCUUACUAUAUAUGCAAUGGCUUGUUUGUUUAUAUUCGUUUUAU